AAUAUAUAUUUAUCUGUAUGUGUCUAUCUAUGUAUGUAUUUCUCAAUACGGGAAAGUUGUAAAUAAUUUUCACAAAAAUUUUGACGAAGCUCCUUCUGGAGAAGCCUAAUUUAAAUAAAAAGUGACCUAAUGAUUACAAAGUGAGUUCUGAAAGUGAUGGGAAACCGUAAAUGGUGUGCCUUAUGAAACAAAAAACUAUCAUUGCGCACGAUACCCCAACGCCAUUUUGAAGCGAAAUUUUGUAUGUAAGUGCCAAGUAUUUCGCAAUAUUUUCAAUUGUCGCCCUUGUAAAGGGGGUGCGUUUGAUAAUUAACGAUAACAGUGAAUGUGAAACACGCCUGUGAAGACACCAAUAUGUGAUAAAGUGCAUAGACGGAUGCCCUUAGUCUGUGGAUGCAUCGAGAUAGCGGGUGGCACGGAGGAUGGCCCGGGCCAACGGGAGCACUCUCAAUAACUGACGGACGCUGCCGGCUUCCAGCUGGCGCAAGCAGUAGAUAAAAAUGCCACGGCCUGGCAGUCUGAAAGACCCGGACAUUGCUGAAUUGUUCAGCAGACAUGAUCCGGAGAAGAUCUUUGAGGACCUUCGUGAGAUCGGGCAUGGGUCCUUUGGGGCAGUCUAUUAUGCUCGCUGCAAUCUCACCAAGGAGAUUGUAGCGAUUAAGAAAAUGUCAUAUGUUGGGAAACAAAGUGAGGAGAAAUGGCAGGAUAUUUUGAAGGAAAUUAAAUUCCUGAAACAGUUAGAACAUCCAAACACCAUAGAGUAUAAGGGGUGCUACAAACGAGAGCAUACAGCAUGGCUGGUUAUGGAGUAUUGUGUUGGUUCUGCAUCAGAUAUUAUAGAGGUACACAAACGGCCGCUACGAGAGGAGGAGAUCGCGGCGAUCUGCGAAGGCGUGGUGUGCGGUCUGUCGUACCUGCACAGCCUGGGCCGCAUCCACCGCGACAUCAAGGCGGGCAACAUCCUGCUUACCGAGAACGGCACGGUCAAGCUGGCCGACUUCGGCAGCGCCAGCAUCAAGUGCCCCGCCAACAGCUUCGUCGGCACGCCCUACUGGAUGGCGCCGGAGGUCAUACUCGCCAUGGACGAGGGACAGUAUGAUGGAAAGGUGGACGUGUGGUCACUAGGCAUCACGUGUAUCGAGCUGGCGGAGCGCAAGCCUCCCUACUUCAACAUGAACGCUAUGUCCGCGCUCUACCACAUCGCUCAGAACGACUCACCCACCUUACAGUACGUGUUGCAGGCACCAGAAUGGACGGACACAUUCCGCUACUUCGUGGAGGCGUGCCUACAGAAGAACCCGCAGGAUCGACCGUCCUCUACGAAACUACUGUCGCAUCCCUUCAUCACGCGGCCGCGGUCACCCAACGUGCUCGUGGACCUCAUACAGCGGACCAAGGCGGCCGUGCGGGACCUCGACAAUCUCAACUACAGGAAGAUGAAGAAGAUACUGAUGGUGGACGCUGAUAACGAGAGCGCUAUUGGCGACAGCGAAGAGACAGCGGAGGAGCGUUCCGGCGGCGACAGCUCGAAGUCGAACUCUGCGACGUCGGAGCACAGCGCGGCCGGCGCCUCCAGCCAGAGCUCGUCCUCCGGCAGUCUGCGCCGCCGACCACAUCCGCCGGUGAACGCGAACCACCACCAGCAUCAGCAGCAGCCGCAGUACACGCAUCUUAACCACCAACACUCUGCGCAAUCCACCAGAGUUGGCAAGAGCUGGCUUUUCUCAUGUUGGUGUUUCGUACGCAGAGAGAGCGAGAGCCCUCUGGCGGGCGCGCACGACGACUACGUGAACCGCGACGCGCUGCGCGACUACGCCAACCGCGACUCGCUCUGCGACGACUACGCCGACGACUACGCCAACCGCGACGCCAUCCGCGACGCCCGCGCCGAGCGCCCGCCGCCCGACUACCGCGACUACGUCAACGCGCCGCCGCCCUGGCCCGCCGACGACAACCGCAACACCACGCGCCGCCCGCCCAACACCAGUAUAAGCAACAACGUGUCGGCAGCGAUGUCGCUGGUGUCCGAGCACGGCGCCAACAACUUCGCCACAAUACGAACCACGAGCAUCGUCACCAAGCAGCAGAAGGAACACAACCAGGAGAUGCACGAGCAGAUGUCGGGCUACAAGCGCAUGCGGCGCGAGCACCAGGCGGCGCUGCUGAAGCUGGAGGAGCGCUGCAAGGCCGACGUGGACGCGCACAAGGCGCAGCUCGACCGCGAGUACGAGGCGCUGCUGCAGCAGCUCAGCCGCGACCUCGAGCGGCUGCAGACAAAACACGCGCAAGAGCUAGAACGCAAGCAGAAGCAGAACGCGGCUGCGGAGAAGAAGUUAAUCAAGGACAUCACGGCGCGGCAGGAGCAGGACCGCAAGGCCUUCGAGACGCAGCGCAAGCGCGAGUACAAGGCCAACAAGGAGCGGUGGAAAAAGGAGCUCAGCAUGGACGACGCAACGCCCAAGAGGCAGCGGGAUGCCACAUUACAAUCUCAGAAGGACAACCUGAAGCAGGCGGAGGCUGCGGAGGAGAUGCGGCUGGUGCGGUCGCAGCGCGAGUACCUGGAGCUGGAGCUGCGCCGCUUCCGCCGCCGCCGCAUGCUCGCGCUGCACCACAAGGAGCAGGAACUGCUCAGGGAGGAGCUGAACAAGCGUCAGAACCAGUUGGAGCAGGCUCACGCGAUGCUGCUGCGGCACCACGAGAAGACGCAGGAGCUCGAGUACCGACAGCAGAAGGGCGUGCAUGCGCUUAGGGAGGAGCAGCUGUCGAACCAGCACGGCACGGAGCUGGCCAACCAGCGCGAGUACAUGCAGCGCGCCGAGCACGAGCUGCGCAAGAAGCACGCGCUGCAGCUCAAGCAGCAGCCCAAGAGCCUCAAGCAAAAGGAGAUGCAGAUCCGCAAACAGUUCCGCGAGACGUGCAAAAUACAGACGCGUCAGUACAAGGCGCUCAAAGCUCAGAUACUGCAAAUGACGGCUAAGGAGCAUCAGAAGGAAGUGAUAAAGACGCUGAAGGACGAGAAGCGUCGCAAGCUGGUGCUGCUCGGCGAGCAAUACGACCAGAGCAUCACCGAGAUGCUGCAGAAGCAGACCGUGAGGUUAGACGAGAGCCAGAUGAUGGAGUGCCAGCAGCUGAAGAUGCAGCUGGAGCACGAGCUGGACAUGCUGACGGCGUACCAGAGCAAGAGCAAGAUGCAGGCCGAGGCGCAGCGCAACCGCGAGCGUCGCGAGCUCGAGGAGCGAGUCGCCGUCCGGAGGGCGCUGCUCGAGCAGAAGAUGGAGUCGGAGUGCGCGCAGUUCGUGGCGGAGCGGGCGGAGCGCACGCGGCUGCUGCACGAGCGCCACGAGCGCGACCUCGACCACUUCGACAGCGAGAGCGCACGCCUCGGCUUCAGCGCGAUGGCGAUCGCGGAGGGCUCGCGGGAGGGCUACGGCGAGGAGGAGCAGUCGCUGUCGGGCUCCAUGCUGUCGCUGGCGCACAGCAACUCGUCGGCGAGCUUUGCGGCCGGCUCGCUGUAGGCGCCGCGCUAAUGCUGUUGCCAAACCCGCGCUUGUGCCGCGACACGUCGCUUGUCUGUCGCCGCUGUGAUAGGCCUCCGCACAGACGCCGCACUGCUCGUAGCCUCCCCGAUGUCCGCAGGGCGGUAUGACGCUCUCGAACUAUUGUAAAUUAUUCAUCACGAAUUUUAGAAGUGUCAUACACUCAUCGCGCUCUCUAGUAUUCGGAGCGGUUAUAUACGAUCGAUUGUUGUUAUUAUCGUUAGCAAUGUUCACGGGCUACCUCAUUAGACUUGUUACGGAAAUUAUAUGUGUUGAUUAAUUGAAUCGUGUGGUAUAUUGUGGUCCGCAGAAAUAUUUAUUCGAGUAUCGGGCACGGUACGAUGUUUUGGCACCAGCAUUAGAACUCCACGUCCCAUUCUUAUUACUGAGACUGUCUGCCCUCCCGCGGUAUGUAAAUCAUGUUAAUUGGCAACAUGAGAUUAUUUAAUAUACUGUUGGACACGAAUGCAUUAGCCUAAUUUUUUAAUAUUUUUUUGUUACGUCUUCCAAAGUGAAAAGAACGGCCAUUUGUCAAAUGGUUCGGGAGGGCAUUUCCUAUUUUAUUACACUAUUAAGUUUAUUGCACUCCAUAAUUAAAUAAUUAUCUCUUAGCUCCAGUCGAGUUGAAGAAUAAACAGAAACAUUGCAGUAUGCAAUAGUAGUUGUAUUUGUAUCAAAAUAAGGUUACUAUUGCUCGUUGUAAUUAUAUACAAAAACUAAUCUCGACAUUAUUGUUUCUGGAACAUCAUGUUUCUGGUGUUUUGACAAAUGUUCACUGAAACACGUCGUUUUACGUACAUGUAUUUCAUUUUGCAUGUAUUAUUACAAUAUAACCAUUGGUGUUUCAGCCACAAAUAAUAAUGCCUAACUCAAUCUAAGCUAUUUAUCAAAAUAUCAGAGGUAUGCUGUUACAUAAAUAAAGUCGAGAUAUAUAAUUAUGUAAUAACAAAGAAGUUAUACGCAAGUCUGUCUGCAUAUGUCUGAGGUUAUUUAAAUGAAUGAUGCAUCGAUGUGAGAAUGAAACGCUUUUUUUCUAUUAGAGAUUUACUCACGGUACGACACUGUUCCGUUGGCUUGCCAGCCGUCACGGCGCUAGAUAACUUUAACGAAACAUUAGUCGUAUAACUGGGAAUACAAUAAGUGUCUGCACUUGCAUUCAGAAUAUUUAAACUAACAAAAUAAUGUAAAACUUAAUUUAUUCGCGUCUGAAUAUUCGAUCUCUUAGACAUAAGCAAAUGUUAUGAUCGUCUCUAGAAUAUUGUUAGACCGUCCACCGUUAAACCGCAGCACACGUACAACAACGGAGCAGUGUCCAGUAGAGGGCAUGAUUACAUUUUAAAAUCUAGUAUUCUGAUCCAAUCUUGUAUAAAUAUGUAGUUUAUCAUAAGUUUCCACAGUGGUUCUAGCUGAUUUUUCAUCUUGAUGCUCUAACGAAACAAGAUUGAAAAAUGUAAUGACGGAUUACCGCGACCACGUCAAAUGCUAAGGUAAACUUUGUAGUGAAACCAAGGAAUGUUGACCCUCAAAGUGUACGCUUAAGAAGUUUGACAAAAGGCAUUAAUUAGAUGAAGUAGUCAGAGACAGCCGAGCCGCCCGCCCCUCGCCACCCUCACUUUUCACAGAGGAUGUUAUUGUUUACGACAUUAGAUAGACAAAAUUCUAAUAUUCAUAUCAUUAGGUUUUACUUUAGGAACCAUUUUUGCAUAUAUUAAUGUAAGUUGAAAUCUUUGAAGAGCGGACUGACGGUAUUUGUUUAUUGGCCUAGUAUUGAGUUUAUUAAAUGUUUAAAAGGGUUUUGUAACAAAACGUUUAUUAUUAUGCUUAUUUUAGAUCAUUUUUAGAUUUUAAAAGGAUUGUAACACGCUUUACUAAAUCAUAAUAACAAUGUGCAGGUGGUGCGUGUGGCGCUGUGCCCCACCUUACGUUGUGUAAAUAUAUAAAGUAUAUAUAUAUGUAUUAUUGUGAAUAUGUAUUAGCGAGCACACAUUGCCUUACGGGCGGCGGGGCGAGCCGGCCUCGGUCUUAUGUAUAUAAAGAACAAUAAUUUAACAUAUUAUAAAUAAUUUGUUACUUUUGUAAGGUGCGAGUGCGGUUUUGUGUACAUUGGAAGUGCGACGCGGCGGUCCCCGUGCGGGGCCCGACUAUGUGCUAUUUUCUUUAUUUAGUGUCCUAAUACCCUAUCGUAUUGUGUACUAAGCUUACCAGUCAAAUAUGUAUAGCAAAUGUAUUAUUUAAUUUAAAAUGAUAAUAGUCAUAAAUACCCAAAUUUAGUUAAUACUAUUUUUAAAGUAUUUUUUAUUAUUUUAAUAUUCUUUUCCUAAAGCAUCACAUAAUGUGAUCGUAUUAUUUUGAGUUUGUUGAAAGUUUCUUGACGGAUCGAAACCUAUGUGAUUUAGGUAUAAAUUUAAACAAAGCGUUUGACAAAAGUUAGCUAUUUAAGUGAUAUCUUUACACAGCGCCAUUUACCCGAGUCAUAUUAUAAAACAAUUUGCUUCGAUUUUCUAGAUAAUGCAAGGAUAUGAUAAAUGGCACUGUGAACAGAUUUCACACUGUUUGUAGACUCCACAUUACCCUCUCCUGAACUGACCAAAUAUAUGACAAUAAUCUCUAGACACAGCCUAACUUGACUUGUCACCAUGUCUCUGUACAUAUUGUAGACUGCUAGCUCGUGGAGUGGACCUAACCCGUCAUUCAAUUUUACUGCAUUUAACUUGACGUUUUGUAGGCAAUCUUUGCAUAAACGCCCUUACCCAAUCUGUAUAUUUCUUAUGUAAUAAAUUAGAUUUGGUAUAUUGUCAGUCUUUGGUAUUAAGUUAGAUACUAAAACGAAAGUUGGUAAACAACAGAAGACCACUUAUCCAUGUUUGUGUUAUCGAUCGACUAUCUGAGUCAUUUUUAUUUAUGACAAUAUAAUACCGGUAUUAUUCCGCUACGCUAGGUCCACUGGCGAACUUGGCAUGUCGUUGUAGCUAAAUCGAGAACCGAAGCACUAAGGAAUUGAACUGUAAGCUGUAACUUCGCUUGCGUGCAGUAGAAGGUCGGCACUUGAGUUAGGCGCGUAGUAUAUUGCUCGCUGUCAUAGUGCUCUGCCGGACCGCCGGCGUGGAGCAGGUGACCGAGGCUUGCUGACUCUGCGCCUGGCUAAAGGCAGAGUAUAGUGCGUAGGCGCGUCUUUUUCCUAUUCCAACCUCCCACCACUUAGCUGUUCUAGAGUUAGAUGUUAUCAGUUAUCUGUCACCUUUCAACGGUCACGAUCUACAAAAUAAUUAUUAUGAGAUAGAAGUACCAAACUCGUAGUUAGCGGUCACGUAUUUUGUAAAUUGUAACUAUACAAUUUUUAUAUUUUACCAUUGUAUAGUCUUUUAUCACAGAUAGGUAGUUAGCAAUAUUGUGACCGACGUGACAAGGUGCGCUCGCGCGGCCGCCGGUUAUUCAUUAUAGUUUGCGAUUGUUUGCGGCUCGCUCGGUGCACCGUUGUUUUCUUUUAUUUUUUGUUACAUAAUAUUUAACAAUGAAUUUCUAGAUUCUAACUAUUAUCACUAAUAAUACUGUAAUAUAAUCUGGUUCAUGAAAAUCAAACCGAAAUAAAUUAAAUGGAAAGAAA